AGGCCCUUUGACCUUUCGUGGGUGUAUACCCAGUUACACCCACGCAUGCAAUCCGGUGGAUUGUGCGAAACAUUUUUGACCCCGCUCAGUGUCACUCGGGAAAAAUCAAUCAGCCAAUGACUGCAAAACUUUACGAUUCGAGGCGAGCCAACUCUGCACUUUCCCCGCCUGUGACGUCAAUGGGGCUGAUUGGCCGCUGCUGCGUCAGCUGAUCAAAUUGAACCACAAUCGUAGGGGGUUUUGGCCAUCGGCCAUAGCCACUGCGGAAGUUUCCAAAUCCCGCGCCCAUUGUCCGAAACUAACCUUUCACAAGCCCCUGACUUCGCAUAAGCAAUUGCCACACUGGGAAAAAACAUUUCUAUAAUAGCAAUUUUUGAUGGUAAAUGUACAUAUGUUUGAGUAUUUAAUAACUAUGCUAUAUAUUAACCUUAUAACCUUUAAAAAUAUGUUCAAUAACUACAUUGUCUUCGUUUCUAGAGAUUGUGGGUAAAGGCAAUCUUAGUUAUAAUAUCCAAAUUAAUCAGACCCCUUCACUGUUUUAAAAAUCUUUAAACUUUGAUUUUAAACCAAAUCGCUUUAAAAGUCUUCCAGAAACCAGCUAUCUUUAUAAAUGUCAAAUAAUUAAUAUAUUAGGUCAAUAUAUCAUAAUGUUUUUUGAUAUUUUCUUGAACUGCUGUUAUCUCUUGUAAAAGAUCGAGAUAUUUCAGUGGCCGGAAGAGAUUAGGUGACCCCAAUAUCGGUUUCAUGUGUAUGACACUGUGCCUAAGAAACUAUCAACUUGCUGUGUUUCUCUCAGUGCACUUAAUGUUCGUGUGUAUCGACAAUCCGCCCGCAACUACUUUCAUCAUGCAUUUUCCCUCUGAUACCUGGUGUUUAUUACGGCUCAGGUCACGUAUUGCAGCUGCAAACUCCGUCACAUGCGUUGCCUCAGUAGUUACGGUUUGGACAGCACUGAAGUUUUCUGCCGUAAUCUGGUCGAUCUCAAGGGUUCCUUUGUUUACGUUUUACAGAUAAGCAUAGCAUUGGGGCCUGAAAAAAAACAAAACAAUUGCUCAAAUCGAUGGUUUAGUUGACUCAUCAGAGUGACAAUUAAUUGUUGGAGCACCCCAAUGAUUGCAGAUAAGCACCGGCUCACCGCAGAUUAAAUUUCAUACCGAUAAUUAAUAAGACAAAUGCUGGCGAACUGCCGCAUCUAAGGUCGAGACGUCAUCAUAGUACAGACUUCAACCUGAGAUACUUAGAUACCGAAUCGGAUAUCCAACCGCGGCCAUAUGUGCAAACAGCAACCAGAUACAUAUUUCUAUGAGCAAUUCAGUUAUUUUUAAUAAAUACACGUACUGGACAGAUGAUGCGAAAAUAUUUACUCUUCAGGGGUUUACUCUUGCUUUUCGGUGUAUAUCUUUCUUCUGGAACAACCUUCUGAAGUGGGCUGCCAUAAAUCUGAGAAUUGUUAAUUCAGCUGUCAUCUAUCAGCACACAGGUUGCAAAUCAAAUGAAGCGAAGCUUCCUUAUCUAUUUUGGCCAGCUUAUCUUGAUGACCGGACUCACACACCUGCUUAACGCACUUGAAAUACUUUUAGAUGUUGAGAUAUCUCUGAAUUUCCCACUCGUGAUCCUUGGAAUCUUAUUCAAAACUUGUUGAAUUAUUUUCUGGCAGCACACAUUUCGCUACAUUGCUCAUUUCCAAUGAAAGCGCUUCCCGAGGAAGCUGUCCGAGUGGUGAAGGCGUUUGCAAAAUUCGAAUGCAAUGCCCAAAGCGGACAACAAAAAACCUGAACACCAUUCGAGUUGUGGCUUUAGUGCUAGUUCCCAAGAAACAUCCAUCUUACGUCCCUAUGCAGUGGAGUUGGCGGAGGAAAGCGAAACGGCAGAGGAGGAAGCAGAGGACCCGGAAAAGGACAAUGACCUGAAGCCCCUUUACGUCAAUCCAACUGGCAUCAAUUGCUCUUCCUCCUCCGUGCUAAGCAUCCAGGCUGGCGUCUUCAAUACUCUUAGCGAGCGUUCUAUGUCCUCCUUGGGCUACUCGAUAGCCGAUUCUUUGAAGAAACAGGAAACCUGUAAAUCAGUAGCCCAAAAGGCCAAUCUGUACCAGGAGAUUGUCUGCCUUGUAAAACGGCGCGUUCAGACUAAUUCAGAGGUCACCAUCGGAAAGAGUCGACAUCCCGUGCACCUGAUGGCCUUGCAGAGCUUUUCGCGAAUGUUUCGCGAUAUGAACAACGACUUGAGCGUAGACCUGCCUGAGGAGAAGAUCACGCCUCGCUCCUUCUGCCUUAUCUACGACUGGAUGGUCGAGGACACGCCGAUCCUACCGCGCCUCGGUCUUCUGGAAGUCCUACAGGCCGCCAGUUUCUUGGACAUUCCGCAACUUGUCCGUCAGUGCCAGUAUUGUCUGGAAAACGGCUUCAGGGAGGACUCCGCGGCGAUGCUGUACUUUGAGGCUAAGAUCCUCAAACUGGAGGAGUCUCACCGGGAAUUUCUAAUGCGCGUAUCUAAGUUUUUUCUAACGCUGGUAGCCUCCCAAGAGUUCCUGCGCUUCCCGCUGAAACCAUUGCUUAUGCUAAUCAGUUCGAGCAGUAUUGGCGUGAAUAUGGAGCUCGAGGUCUUCAUGGCGGCUGCUCGCUGGUUAAACCACCACUGGCCCCAAAGACAAAAGAACAUAAUUGCUGUUACAUCCAGCAUUCGUUUCGGACUGAUCCCUCCGUGGUUGCUCAUCCAGUUGCAAAAGCCGGAUGUCACCGCUGUGGAAGUGAGGAGAAUCGUAUCGGAGCCAGAGGUGCGUCAAGCCAUUCAUGAUGGCAUCGCAUACACAACCACGCGGCUCUUUUAUGGAGCAGAUCGCGAGGCCUUUAUGCAGCAUUUGCGUAAGACGAGUGUCAAGCCACCCAUGCAACGUAACUGGAUAUACGACCGAAAGUGCCGCCAUCAUCAUCGCAUGCAAUGCAAGAUCACGCUGGACUUAACAUACGAGACGUUCGUGGAAUACCUGAACUAUCUGCAGAUGCAGCACCGGGACUACUGGCAUUCUAUGGAGCAGGCAGAGACCAGCAACGUGUGUUUCAAUUGCCAGGCCAAAAAGUUGGAUCGAACUAAGCCCAUUAGUUGAGUUUAGAUGUUGGUUGUAAAAAUUGUGAAAUAUAUCUUGAUACUUACUCGGAA